GGCGAUCUGAGUGCGAAUUAGUUGCAAACGAGCCACUACGUCGAGCGGUUCGCAUACCGUAAGAAACGCAUACUAGUCAUCAAGAUCACUCGACGAACGCUUUCGUGUCACAUUACCAGGUUUUUACUUGAUUCAUAUAGCCGUCGUUUUUGGGGUCGUUGAGCCAGUGCAAGUCUGAAAUCGGUGACGAAAUGAGCACCCUGGCACUGCUGGCAUUCGCCCUUUGGGCACUUUUCCUGCGCUACCUGCCGAACAUCCUGAAUUUCCUCAGGUUGCAAAGAUUUGCGAAAACCCUGCCGGGUCCAACGAUUGGUGAACUGAUUGCCAAUGUUAAGAAAGGGGAGAUUCUCAACUGGCUGAAGGAGCUGCGGGAGAAGCAUGGCUCGGUGUUUCGCAUCUGGUUCGGCAAGGAUCUGAUGGUGAUGUUCACGGAUCCGGAGGACAUCAAGCAGCUGCUGGGCAACAAUCAGCUGCUGACCAAGUCGCGGAACUACGAGCUGCUGGAGCCCUGGCUGGGCAAGGGUCUGCUGACGAAUGGCGGCGAGUCCUGGCACCGCCGCCGGAAGCUGCUCACGCCGGGCUUCCACUUCCGCAUCCUUGGCGAGUUCAAGGAGCCCAUGGAGGAGAACUGCCGCAUCCUGGUGCGUCGCCUGAAGACCCGGGCCGAUGGCGAGUCCUUCGACAUCUAUCCCUACAUCACCCUGUUCGCCCUGGACGCCAUCUGUGAAACGGCCAUGGGCAUCAAGAAGCACGCCCAGCUGCAGAGCGACUCGGAAUACGUGCAGGCGGUUCAAUCUAUCUGUCGGGUGAUGCACAAGCAGAGCUUUUCGUUCUGGCAGCGGCUCAAUGUGUUCUUCAAGCACUCGAAGCCCGGAAAGGAGCGCGAGGCGGCCCUGAAGGUCCUGCACAACGAGACCAACCGGGUGAUCCGGCUGCGCAGGGAGCAGCUGAUCCAGGAGCGCGCCGAAUCCCGCCCGGAGGCGGAGCAGGACGACGUGGGUGCCAAGCGGCGACUGGCCUUCCUCGACAUGCUGCUGCUCACCCAAAUGGAGGGCGGGGCGGAGCUGAGCGACACGGACAUCCGCGAGGAGGUGGACACCUUUAUGUUCGAGGGUCACGACACCACCAGCUCGGCCAUCGCCUUCGCCCUAAGUUUGCUCUCGAAGAACCCCGAUGUGCAGCAGCGCGCCUUCGAGGAGGCCAGCGAACUGGAGGGCAGGGAGAAGGAAUCGAUGCCCUAUCUGGAGGCGGUGAUCAAGGAGACGCUGCGCAUCUACCCCGCGGUGCCGUUCUUCUCGCGGAAGGUCCUUGAGGAUCUGCAGGUGGGCAAGCUGACGGUGCCCAAGGGAGCCUCGAUUAGCUGCCUCAUCUACAUGCUCCACCGCGAUCCCAACAACUUCCCCGAUCCGGAGCGAUUCGAUCCCGAUCGCUUUCUGCUCAACGAGAAGCAAAUGCAUCCGUUCGCCUUCGCUGCUUUCAGCGCAGGUCCCAGGAACUGCAUAGGUCAAAAGUUUGCCAUGCUGGAGUUGAAGACCACGCUGUCGAUGCUGCUGAGGAGCUAUCGCUUUUUGCCCGACGAAGAUCAUCACCCGAAACCCUUGGCCGAGUUGGUUACCAAGAGUGGUAAUGGCAUCCGACUUCGGAUUCUGUCGCGCGACCAGAACGAAACCUCAGCAUAAUAAUAACAAUAUAUAUAUUAUCUCUUUAUAAAUCCUAGUUUUUCGGCCUCAUCAAGUCUAGAUUAAGUUGAGCUUAGUAUAAUAGUGAGCAAUUGAAAGCAUUCCAGCAUGGUGACGCAGUUAUUCUUAUCACUUUUGUACAACUUUGCCAUAUAGAUUAGAAAAACUUGGACAUA